CCGAGCAAGCAUAGAGCGGUUGUGAGAAAGUGACAGUGUAACAUAGGAGGCUCACUGUAUGGUAAAGAAGGGGUAAUUUUCAUCUUCCAAGAUUGCGUUUUACAGCGGAAUGUUCACUCGAAGGGGCCAUGGCGACGUCAAGAAAUCUACACAGAAAGUUCUGGACCCAAAGAAGGAUGUACUGACCCGACUAAAACACCUUCGGUCACUAUUAGAUAUCAUUGAAAGGAGUGAACUGAAGACGUUCUUUGAGAGCAACUGCUCCCAGAUUUAUUUUAUCUUCUAUGAAAAUUUCAUAACACUGGAAAGCAACUUAAAGCAAAAAGGGAACAAAUCUCAGAGGGAGGAGCUGGACUCUAUCCUCUUUAUUUUUGAAAAAAUUCUACAACUACUUCCGGAAAAAAUCUACAGCCGAUGGCAGUUCCACAGUAUAGGUUCUAUUCUGAAAAAGCUUUUGCACACUGGAAACUCGUUCAAGAUCCGCUGUGAGGGGAUCCGUCUGUUCCUGCUGUGGCUGCAGGCCCUGAGGGACAGCUGUGCCGAGGAGCAGUUCCUCAUCUUCGCCUGCCUGGUGCCGGGCUUCCCGGCUGUGCCCUCCACCAGGGGGCCCUGCACCCUGGACACCAUCAUCUAUAACCCCUUCUCCAACCCACCCGAUGCCAAGGUGGUGCCUGAGGAGAUCACACCGCUGGUGCCUGCUGUGCCAGGGGAGAAGGUGGCAGACGACCAGACCUGCUACAUACUGCAAACCCUGCUCAAGUUCAUGGUUGUCCAGGCGUCCAGCUUGGAGUGGAAGAACCGAGAGAACCAGGACUCUGGCUUCAGGUUCCUCUUCAGCCUCUUCAAGAAGUACUACCUUCCCCAUCUCUUCCCCUCCUUCACUAAGCUCACCAACCUCUACAAGCCCUUAUUAGACCUCCCCCACCACCGGCCCAAGCCGCUGUACGUCCCGGUGACGAGGAACAACGAGAGCACCUUCUGCACCAGGGACCAGUACCUGGCCCCGCGCGUGGCCUUCAUCACCUGGCUGGUCACCUUCUUCCUGGAGAAGAAGUACGUCAGCACGGCCCCUCCCAGCACCAAGAACGGAACCGAGGUCAUCCCCAAACUCAUCCAGACUGUCACUGCAGGCAGCAGCAGUCAGGAGAAGGACAAGGAGAAGGACCGAGAGAAGGAGAGGGGGUCGGAGGGGGAGCCCAGCGGCCCCGCCGAGCCUGAGAAGAGCCACUCCAACAGCAGCACGCUGUCGGACCGGCGCCCCAGCGACUCCAGCCUGUGCAGCAUCGACGAGGAGCACCGCAGCGUCUACGACAUGGUGCACACCAUCCUGCUGUCCACGCGGGACAACGUCAACUUUGUCAACGAGGUCUUCCACCAGGCCUUCCUGUUGCCCUCCUGUGAGGCGUCGGCGACCCGGAAGGUGAUCAAGGUGUACAGGAAGUGGAUCCUGCAGGAGAAGCCCGCCUUCAUGAAGGAGCCGGAGAAGAGCAGCCAGGAGGAGGAGGUGGAGGAGAGCCCGGAGGAGCUGCUGAAGACGGAGACCGACAGCGCUCUCGCACAGCAGGUGCUGGAGAGUCACCCGGGCCACAGGCGCUCGUCUAGCUGGGGGAGGACCUACUCCUUCAGCAGCGCUAUCAGCCGGGGCUGUCUCACUGAGGACCACAACAGGGACAUCAAGGCUGGCAUCCAGCCCACACUGCAGGUGUUCCUGACCAACUCUGCCAACGUGUUCCUGCUGGAGCCGUGUCAGGACGUGCCCAAGCUGCUGGACAACCAGGUGGAGGUGUGCAAGGGGGUGCUGAGCAUCUACCGCCACAUGAUCAUGGAGCACCCCAUGAACACACAGACCUGGGAGCAGAUGCUGCAGGUGCUGUUGAGGAUCACGGAGGCGGUGAUGAAGAGGCCUCAGGAGAACCAGAAGAAGGAUCCCUUCGCCGAGAGCCUGGCAGCCAUCCUGUUCAGGACCAUCAUCGUGGCGUGGGUGCGGGCCAACCUGUGCGUGUUGAUCUCUCGCGAGCUGUGGGACGAGCUUCUGAGCGUGCUGUCGUCCCUGACGGGCUGGGAGGAGCUGGUGACGGAGUGGGCCAGCAUCAUGGACUCCCUGACGGCCGUGCUGGCGCGCUCCGUCUACGGCCUGGACAUGACCAACCUGCCGCUGGACAAGCUGAGCGAGCAGAAGGAGAAGAAGCAGAGAGGCCGGGGAGUGCUCCAGGACUCCCAGAAGGCGGCGGCGGCGGCGGCGGUGGCGCGCUCCUUCUCCCUGAGCUGGAGGAACCAGGGGGAGCAGGGUGGGCAGGGCGUCCAGGAGCCCAUGAGGUUCCGCAGCGCUACCACCUCAGGGGCCCCCGGCGUGGAGAAGGCCCGCAACAACGUCCGGCAGAAAGCCACCGCUAAGCGGAGCCAGUCUAUCAGCAACUGUGUCCAUCUCUAUGAGGCUUUGCCCGCUACUAAAAGUGUCCCCAUGCUGCUUCAUACUGUCAGCUCUUUCUUGCCUGGUAUCUCUUCUGGCACUUCUGCUUGCUCUCACAGGCUUUCAGACGUGGAGGAGGGGCAGCUGGCGGAGUGCGGAGGGGAGGAGGAGCUGGGGGGCGCCGACAGCCCCCUCCCGCGCAGCAGCAGCACCUCGGACAUCACCCAGCAACUGGCUGACACCUUCCCUGGCCAGAAGAGGGAGUACUCCCCCACCUCCCUUGGCUCUGAAGGCAGGACGUCAGAGGGCCAAAGAGAGAGCUGCGAGCCUCCAGUGAUCCUGAUCCGGCGGAGCAGCAGUCCAGUGGAGAUGGACUACCCUGCUGAUGGACCGCUCACCUACAGCAGACCCAAGCUCCGGGAGAAAAGUGAGAGUGUGAGCAGUGAGACGUCCAACGGCUACCUCAACGACACCGACGUCAGCAUGAUGGCCUGGCAGGCCUUCGAGGAGGAGGCCGACACUCAGUCCACCCAGUCGGCCCACAUCGACGUGACGACCGACCCCCACAACCAGAGGAACCUUCUGCUGAGCCACAACGAGGCCCUGGCAGAUCCUGAAUGUGUCCUCCCUCCCCACUCUGCAUACCCCCACCACCACCACCAUCACUACCACUACCCCCAGCACCCCCCAGCCUCGCCAGCCCUGCUGGUGCACCCAGAGUGCCCCAGCCAGGACUGCCACCAGCUGCUGGACGACACCAUGCACAGCUCUGUGUUGCGCAUGCCAGAAGACCUGGACAGCAGCGAGUGCCUAUCUGAUGACAUCAGCAUCAUCGCCGGGGGCAGCCUGACGGGUUGGCACGCCGACUCUGCGUUCGUGCUGUGGCGGAGGAUCCUGGGCAUCCUCGGGGACGUCAACAGCAUCCGCUGCCCCCGCAUCCACGCCAAGGUGUUCAGCUACCUCUACGAGCUCUGGCACAAGCUGGCCAAGAUCAGGGACAACCUGGGCAUCAGUGUGGAUAACCAGUCCUCCCCCCCCCGGCCCAUCUUCACCCCUCCUCUCCGCAUGCUGGCCUCCUGGCUCUUCAGGGCCACCAUGCUGCCGGCGGAGUACAAGCUGGGGAAGCUUCAGGCCUACAAGCUGAUCUGUGAGAUGAUGACCAAGCAUCAGGACGUGCUUCCCAACAGCGACUUCCUGGUGCACCUCUACCACGUCAUGCACAAGGGCUUCGUCAGCGAGGACCAGGAUGUGCUGAACACGGUGAUCCGCUCCUGCUCCCCCCGCUUCUUCUUCCUGGGUCUGCCAGGCUUCACCAUGCUGGUGGGGGACUUCAUCACCGCCGCCGCACGCAUCCUCAGCUCAGAGUCCUCCGAGGCCCAGACCCCCAGGGUGGAGGCCCAGACAGUGUUGGGUUCCUUGGUGUGUUUCCCCAACCUGUACCGUCAGAUCCCCCUGCUGCAGACGGUCCCCGGCACCCAGGACAUCGUGGUGGGAAACGAGGACAUCAAGGACUACCUGGUCAACAUCCUGCUGAAGACGGCCAGGAAUGAGCACUGCGAGGGGGCCAGGUGUGUGGCCGUGUGCAGCCUGGGCUUGUGGGUGUGUGAGGAGCUCACCCAGAAGAACAUCCACCACCAGGUGAAGGACGCCAUCAACGUUCUGGGAGUGACACUAAAGUUUGGGAACAAGGCAGUUGCCCAGGUAGCAUGUGACCUGUUCCAGCUCCUCAUCUCUCACUGGGAGCACCUACAGAGACUGGAACGCACCCUCCCCAAAAAGAUCAUCGAGAUCUUUGUUGCCACAAUAGCUUUUCUGUUGCCAAGCGCAGAGCACUCGACAGUGGAGGCAGACAAAAAGCUGAUGGUGUCUCUGCUGCUCUGUCUGCUGGACUGGUGCAUGGCUGUUCCUCUCAGUCUGCUACUGGAGCCCAUAACCAUGCCCGUCCUGGAUGACCCCACAUCCAACAAGGCCCCUCUGCUGGAUUACAUCUACCGGGUGCUGCACUGCUGCGUGUCGGGUUCCAACCUGCACACCCAGCAGAGCCACUACCUCCUCAGCCUGUCCGACCUCUCCACUGACUACGACCCCUUCCUGCAGCUGGGUCAGGUCAGGAGCUCCGAGACCCCGCCCUCCCACCCCAACGCCGCUGACUUCGGGAACCUGCUCACCGUGGCGGAGGAGAAGAAACGUCGGAACAUGGAGCUCAUCCCCUUGACAGCACGGAUGAUCAUGACACAUCUGGUGAACCACCUGGGCCACCACCCCCUGAGCGGGGGGCCCGCCCUGCUGCACAGCCUGGUCAGUGAGAACCACGACAACCCCCACGUGGAGUCCUCCGAGCUCUCCUCCGAGGUCUUCAAGAGCCCCAACCUGCAGCUCUUCGUCUUCAACGACAGCACCCUGGUGUCCUACCUCCAGAUCCCCUCGGAGCCCCCCACGGCCGGGCAGCCCCCGCACCCCGCCUCUCAGGUCCGCGUCAUCGUGCGGGACAUCUCCGGGAAGUACUCGUGGGACGGCGGCGUCCUGUACCGUACGGGCGAGGGCCCCGGAGUCCACGGCACCAGGGCCUCCCAGGACCCCAGCGAGGAGCGCUCCAUACCCAGGCAGCGCUCCACCUCCCCAGGGCUCCCCAACCACAUCUCCUCCCAGGGCUGGGACCCCCGGUCUCAGUCGGGUUGCUGUGACGACGAGGACGAGGAUGAAGAGAUGGACGUCCUGGACCAGUUGCUGGAGGAGCUGGGUCAAAGCAGCCCCGAAUGCCUUCCCCAGCCCAGGCUGAGGCUCAACCAGCCGGCUCCCUCGCCCUGCGGCAUGAACCUGGAGCAGGAGGGCUCCAUCAUGGAGGCCGUCCUGCGGCAGACGCGUCAGGAGGAGGAGCAGGUGAGGAAAUGGAACGCCGACGUGAGCGUGCGAGCGGCGUGCCAGGGGGAGCCCACCCACCAGGAACCCAAAGCACCCUUCUACUUCUGCAGGCUGCUGCUCAACGACCUGGGCAUGAACUCCUGGGACCGCAGGAAGAGCUUUCAUCUCCUUAAGAAGAACUCCAAGCUCUUGAGAGAACUGAAGAAUCUGGAUUCCAGACAGUGCAGGGAGACUCACAAGAUAGCUGUGUUCUACAUUGGAGAGGGUCAGGAAGACAAGUGUUCCAUCCUGUCUAACAGCGCAGGCAGCCAGGCGUAUGAAGACUUUGUGUCUGGACUGGGAUGGGAGGUGGACCUGUCCACACACUGUGGCUUCAUGGGCGGCCUGCAGAGGAACGGCAGCACGGGUCACACGGCUCCUUACUACGCUACCUCCAACGUGGAGGUCAUCUUCCACGUCUCCACGCGCAUGCCGUCCAACUCCGACGACUGCCUCACCAAAAAGCUGCGUCACCUAGGCAACGACGAGGUGCACAUGGUGUGGUCGGAGCACACGCGGGACUACCGGCGCGGCAUCGUGCCCACGGACUUCGGAGACGUGCUCAUCGUCGUGUACCCCAUGAAGAACCACAUGUACUUCAUCCAGAUCAUGAAGAAACCACAGGUUCCUUUCUUCGGUCCUCUGUUCAAUGGAGCCAUCGUGACGGGAGCGCUGCUGCCCAGCCUGGCACGGGCCACCUGCAUCAAUGCCAGCCGAGCUGUUAAGUCCCGUCUGACUCUCUACCAGAGCUUCUAUGAAGAGCGUGCUCUCUACCUGGAGGCCAUCGUGCAGAACCACCGAGAGGUCAUGACCUUCGAGGACUUUGCGUCCCAGGUGUUCUCCCCCUCCCCCAGCUAUUACCCAAUGAGCGGGACAGGCUCGUUAAGCGGCAGCACAAGUGCCGAGCUCAGUGUUGCCGUAGGAACAGACUCGGUGGACCAGGUCUCUCCUACGAUGCCCCGUGCCACAAAGAACCGGGUUUCUGGAAAACUCCGUCGAUCCGCCAGCGCCAUAAGCAAAUCCUCCAACUGAGCUCUUCACCCCACCUCCCAUUCUGCCUUCAACUACUUAUUACUCCCUUUAAAAGAAAACGCCUACCCCUUGUGACUGCAGUUUUGGGCCAUUUGAAUUAUUAUUGUUUGUUGUUGAUGUUUUCUGUGUCAUUUAAACAUGUAACUGGAGCAUAUUGCAAUUUAUUUUAAAUGGCAGUUAAUUCUUUGAUACAUUUCCAGUUCAAACUGCGUAAUUUAAGAUGGACGUGAGAUUAAGCUACUUAGGUUCAUUCCAAUGGAGAGUCCAGAUUGUCACAUUGUUUUGAAGUCGACCUGUAGUGAGAAUUUCAGUCUGUUCUAUGCCACAACUUUCAAGCCAUAGCCCAUCAUCUGGUAGCUGACACUGUCGUAGAGAGAACUCUAAAGAGAGGGAGAGGACUGUGAGACUUGUGUUUCCCCAGGCUGCACUAACAUGCAAAAACAAAACACUGAAACAGGACAGCCGCUAAUGUAGUGAUCAUAUGUAAUCAAACUGUACAGGACUGAAAGUUCUGAUCACCCGUACAUUUUUAUAAACAGUUUGUCUGCCUUUUGACCCCUCAAUGGGUUUUAUCAUUGAUCUCUCUUGCCCUUUUGAACCUACUGUGUAAAACACUGCAGAGCUCUCAAUGCUGUUGACCGGGAGGAUAUUUAAGUGUGAUGUCUUGUUUGUUUGGAUCCUACGUUCAUGUGUUUUUUGCCCACUCAUCCUCUUAUUGUGAAGAGGAGAUGACUGUGUCAUAGGAGAUGCUGUUCUGGUGUACUCUGCAGACGCUCCAUCUCUGUACGCCACAUCCUGGUUACGGAGCACUGUGGAGCACGUGCAGUAGGAGGCUGUUUUUAAUAGUUCCAAACCCAGAGUGGACAAUCAAUGACGUCAUUCCAACAGGGCUAAAUCGAAGAUUUUCUUCUUUUUUUAUCUCUAAUUCCCUCUUUUAAAUGGAUUCCGAUGGAUUUUGUUGUUCUUUGAUUAAUGCAACUCUGCUGGAAUGAGAAAAGACUGCAUUUGUAAUUAUUUCAUGAUGUCGUUAACUCGGGCUCAUAACCUAUAAUCAGAUAAGUUCCUGUUGUCUCUUUCCUCCUCCUUCCUUCCCUGUCCUGUGAAGCUACCUAAAUGACAUUCCAGCGUUCCUAUAGCCACGUCUUUUGCACUCACUGUCACGGAAAAGAAAACUAGAAUUGAAUGUGUCUCUGUUUGUUCUUGGAUGUAUAUUGCUUUAAUUUUAUUUGAUGAAAUUUGUCUGUUCCGGGUGUACAUACAGAGUAAUAUUUGAUGAGUUAUUUUGCUGUUGUGUUGAACUGUGUCAUACAUAUGCUGUGUAGAUGAGAAUGCCGCAGGAGCCUCAGGUGAAUCUUACUCCAUGCACUGGUUUGUGUGUGUGUAUGUUUGUGUGUGUCUGUGUGUUUGUGCGCGCCCCACGUGUUGUGCAUGUGUGUGUGUUUGUGCGAGUGUGUGCAUCCGUGUGUUUCUGUGUAGCGUGUGUGUUUGCUGAAGGAGCUCCUCCCAGUGCCUGUGUAACGUCUGUCCACCAGGGCCCUUCUCCCACACCCCUCUUCCUCCCCGCAACCUCCCUGCCACCUGAUUACAUUUAUUUGGUUUAUUUUCUUUGCUGUGAGAGGAGGCAGCAGACAGCUCACCCUGCCUUUCUGUCCUACUUUUCUUUUUUAACCGGGAGGAGGGACGGGGGUGGGUGUACGCUGCCAUGUGAUUGAACAGGUCAGCGUCUCUGCCUCCUUCACCCACUGACGGGGCUCCGGGCUGCUUUGUUUAGUCUUGAUGUGAGGAGGUGCCCCCUUCUCUCCUUUUCUCUCUGAAUCUGAAUCGAAUGGCACAGACUCCUCCUCUUUCCCAUGAUAUGCCCUCAGUGGCCUCAAGGGACUAGAGGGGGAGGGGGGGGGGGGGUGUAGAUGGCAUACCAUUGCCGAGCCUAGUGGACCCUCCUAGCAACAGGAAGGCUGGCGCUGCCAAUGCACCCUGCCCCCCUUGUUUGGGUUGCCACGGCUACAAGGUGUCCCCACCUACCCCGUGCCCACACCUAACCUGCAACACUAUCCUAGUCAAGUCUGUUGCACUACUUUGCCUUACCUUUGUACAUUUUCUCUUUCUAUUCUUAAAUGUUCUUCUCCCUCUUGUUAUUUUUAUUUUCUAAUCCCUUCAUUUCCCGAGCACUGAUUAAAUAGCAAAGGAGGCAGAAACUGGAGGUUUGUUCAGAAUAUAGUCAAUUUUGUGCAGUUUAAGAAUGUAUGCAAAUAUGCUGACCUGAGUCAGAGCAACGCUCUCACCUUCCCCAGUAGUACCUGGAACCAUCCGAAUGGAUUCUCCUAGGCGUUAAGGUUGUAGAUAAUAGAUUAGAUGUCGUGGAUGGGGUUCCCUGUUCUAUUCGGGAGUGUAUAUGGGCUGGAAAAUGUUUUGACCAUGACAAGGAUUGUGUCUUAUACUGGGUCUACUUAUGUGAAGCAAGAAUUUUAGUGUUAAUUCAAGACUUUUGGGGUUAGGAAUCCUGUACAUUGUGUCAAAUCGAGGGCUCCAGUCCUUUUCCUGAAUAUAAAUAUAAUAAUGCCUGUAAUAUAAUAUUUGUAAGAGGAAGAGGGAAAAGAGCUUGAAGAUUUCAUCAUUACUUGUUAACAUAUCAAACUGUUUUUAAUGACUGGAAGUCAUGAUAUCUUUAUUAGAAAUGUGAAAAUCGGAAAACAUUUCAUUAAAUCAAUUUGAAGUUCUA